AGCCAUUGUGAUACGAUAGAGUAAUGGGCGGUGGUGGUUCGCCAUCAGAAGAAAUUAGAAAAGUUCUGAAAGAGCAAGUCCAUACCUUUUUAUACACUUCUCAAUACUCAGAAGAACGAACUGUGCACCAAUGGUUCCCGAAAUCCUCUCUUUACACUGCUGCUGAAAGACCUCAUCUUAGAAGGCUAAUUGCGACUGGAAGCAGCAUGAGGUGUUUGAAGCACCGACUGAGCACCUAUUGAGAGACAAAUUUCAUUUCAGCGGAGCUGGUAGCUCAUCAGGACUCAUCUGAAUGGUUUAUUAACA